CACCACCGGAAUAGGUCUUGACCAUCAUAACCACCGUCACAAUCGCCACUCGUAUUAUUGAUAUGAUCGAUCCCUCAAACACUAUGGAAGAGUUCAGUAUCAAUAGUCCCGAGGCUUUACGAUUAAUUUCUACUUUCCAAGAUAAUUCGGCGGUAUGUAAGUUCGGAAUUGUUUCUCGAUUGGCGGCAGCGGGUGUAUUUUAG